AUGAGUGUUUUGUUUGCUAACACCAGAGCCAGCCAUGGAUCUACAUCUGGAAAUCUACUGGAGUUUAAAGUAAUUUUAGUUAAUAAUAUUUAUAAUGUGUUUAGGCCGGUCGUACCAUUAUGGAAGCAGGUUCUACGCCUGAAAUGAGGAAGAUAACCGCGGACAAGACUAAGGGAUUGGUAUUUAUCAAGCAAUCGCCUGAUCAGCUCGUUCACUUCUGUUGGAAGAACCGCGAAAAGAACACUACUGACCUCGUAAUUCUUAAUUGACUUUUGUUUCUAUUUUAUGCUGCUUAUAUAAUAACUAUAAAUUAGAGUUAUUGUGUUUUUAGUAAUGAUUAUAUUCUAGGAUCUUAUCAUCUUCCCUGGAGACACUGAGUUUAUCAAGAUCAAGGAAUGCACUGACGGAAGAAUGUACAUGUUGAAGUUUAAGAGUUGUGAAGAUCACAAAUUGUUUUGGCUACAAGAUAGUAACACUGACAGAGAUGACAAGAUCUGCAAAAAGGUAUGUAAUCUUUGGAAAUAUUUUUAAAAGUGAAAUGAUUAAAAUUAAAAAAAAAGUGUGUUAAAAUUUACUUGUUUCUUAAUAAGCAGUUAAAAGUUUGUGAACAAUUUAUUAAAAUAUUGGUUUUAAGGUAAAUGACUUGUUGAACAACCCUCCAUCGAACAGAGCUUCUGGCAGAGGUGGAAGUUCCGAACGUAACUCUCACGCUCUUUCUGCUUUGACUUCAGCCAUGGGCGGAGACGAUAUGGGGGCCCUGGGAAACAUGGAUCAAAAUCAGAUUAUGCAGUUGUUCUCGUUGAUGAAUGGAGGUAAUGCUGCUGAUAUGUUGCCUCAAUUGCCGUUGCAAACUCGUGGUGGAUCUCCAGCUGCUGCAGCUACUGCUCCAGCCUUUGAAACGCCAAAAGGACGCAAAGAAGGAUCUACUGAACGGUCUGGUGAGACGGGAGAAAAGUUUGAUGCUGCCACCUUGAACAACUUGUUUUCUAACCUUCCCGGCUCGAGCAAAAGAACUCCAGUGGACUUGACUCGAGUUUUGAAUAACCAGAACGUGAAGGAAGUUGUAGCUAAGAACUCGGCCGAUCUUCUCCCUCACGUUCCAACAACUUCUGAAGCCCCUGAAAAGGAACUUGAGAAGUCGUUGACUUCUCCCCAAUUCCAGCAGUCUGCCCAAUGGUUUGGCUCAGCUCUACAGAGUGGACAACUUGGUGGAGCUCUGAGUCAGUUUGGGCUACCUGAGAAUGCAGUCAAGGCUGCUGAUACUGGAGGUACAUAAUUUUCGUUAUUUUAAUUUGAGAGUUUCAAAUCUUUAAUUUUUGUGUACUGUAUUUCAAUUUUAGAGAAUAUUAAUAUGAGGAUAGAAUUUUAAAGUUAAUAAUUUAUUUUUUAGAUAUUGUUUCUUUUGGCAAACAGUUAACCAAUUCUCUGAAUCCUGAGGCCAAAGCAGAAGCAGACCGUGCCAUCAACGAAGCCGCUUCCAACGAGGAGAACACUGAAUCCAGUGCCAAGAAGGAAGAGCCGAAUGACGAACAAAUGGAUUUGGAUUGA